AUGUCAAAAAGUAUCAUUUAUGCUGUAAAAAUAAAAAACAUAUAAAACUUUAAUUUAAUUAAAAUAUAGAUUAUAGGAGGAGGUCCUGCUGGCUUUUAUACUGCAAAAAAAAUAUUUUAAGAUAAUCCUUUAGCCCAUAUCCAUAUAUUCGAGAAAACUCCUUUUCCUUAUGGAUUAGUAAGAUACGGAGUAGCCCCAGACCAUUAAUCAAUAAAAAAAGUUACAAAAUAACUUAGCGAAGUAGGUACAUAUGCUAAUUUUCGUUUUUUUGGAAACGUAGAAAUUGGUAAAGAUUUAUUAAUAUAGGAUUUAAAAAAACAUUAUUCUGCAAUAAUAUAUUCAUAUGGUGCUUAAAAUGAUAAAAAAUUAGGAAUUCCAGGUGAAGAUUUGAAAAAUGUUUUUUCGGGAAGAUAAUUGGUUAAUUGGUAUAAUGGACAUCCUGAUUAUAUAGAUUUAAAUAUUGAUUUUAGUAAAAUAAAGAAUGUUGUAAUUAUAGGCAAUGGAAAUGUGGCUUUAGAUGUUUCAAGAACUUUAAUAAAAGCAAAAAACAACACAUUGGAUGAAACAGAUAUAUAUACACCAGCUCUUAAAAAUAUAAAGGGAAAUAAUAUAGAAAAUAUACAUAUAGUUGGAAGAAGAGGUUUAAUAUAAUCAUAAUUUUCUGCAAAAGAAUUUAGGGAUUUUAUUCAAAAUAAAAGUGCAAAUUUUUAUAUUUUAAAAGACGAAUAUGAAAAAAGUUUUAAUAAAACAUCCUAAACAGAAUUUAACGACUAAAUGUUUUCUAAAACAAUAAUAGCUCGUACAAAUUAUCGUAAAUAAAAAAUAUUGAAUAAUAUACCUGUAAUUGAUACAAUCAAGGAUAUAAAGAAGUUAAAUGAGAAUUAAAUAAACAUCUUUUUGAGAGUUUUAUUAAGCCCAUAUCGUGUAAAUUAAUAAAAUGGGUAAAUUAAAUCUGUUGAUUUUUAUAAGAAUACGCUCUAAGGUGAACCUUUUUAAUAAAUAUGCAUUUAAGAUAAAUCUUAAAGUGUAAAUAUUCAAUGUGAUUUACUUUUAAGGUGUAUUGGAUAUGAAAGUUAUAAUAUAGAUCCUAAAUAUACUCCUUGGAAUAAUUAAAAUAAUACCAUCGAAAAUAGUAAUGGAUGUGUACUUUCUAUGGAAGAUAAAUAAAAAGUUUAACUUGGAGUCUAUACUAGUGGAUGGGUAAAAACUGGUCCAAUUGGUAUUCUAGAUUAAACUAUGAUUGGUUGUAUCGAAACAACAAAUAAUAUAUAUAAUCAUUUCAGAAAUGAAGUUUUGGAAAGAAAAGAUAAUAAAUGUGAACAUUAUAUUAAUUAGAUAUUAUAAGAGAAAAAGAUUAGGGUAGUUAGCUUUUAAGAUUGGUUAAAAAUUGAUUAAUAUGAAUUAUAAAAAGGUUAAUCUAAAAAUAAAAUAAGAGAAAAAAUAUGUACUAUGUAGGAAAUACUAAAAGUAUUAGAAUGA